AUUCAGUAAAAAUAGCCGCACAGAAGCAGCAGCUGCUCAUGAGCGCAGACGACCAGCCACUGACAGACCGACCCACUGAACAAACACUGCUGCUGCUGGAGGAUCAGAGCUCGUCACAGACACUAACAGUCAUCUUCAUCUUCAUCAUCAUCAUUAACAACUGAGGAAUGGCUCUGGACUUUGCUGCAGGAUGUAUUGGAGGUGCCGCAGGUGUGCUGGUCGGACACCCGUUUGAUACGGUGAAGGUGAGGCUGCAGGUUCAAAGCGUGGACAAGCCCCUGUACCGCGGGACGUAUCACUGCUUCCAGUCCAUCGUCCGUCAGGAAUCGAUGUUGGGCCUCUACAAGGGCAUCGGCUCACCCAUGAUGGGCCUGACCUUCAUCAACGCCAUCGUGUUCGGCGUGCAGGGAAACGCCAUGCGCAUGUUGGGGGCCGACACUCCUCUGCACCAGUUCCUGGCGGGCGCGGCGGCCGGACUCAUCCAGUGCGUGAUCUGCUGCCCGAUGGAGCUGGCCAAGACCCGCAUGCAGAUGCAGGGAACGGGCGAGAAGAACCCCUCCAGGAAGAUGUACAGGAACUCUCUGGACUGCCUGAUCCGCAUCUACAGGAGGGAAGGGUUCAGAGGAAUAAACCGUGGAAUGGUGACCACCAUCGUCCGCGAGACGCCCGGUUUUGGCAUCUACUUCCUCACCUACGACACGCUGACUCGAGCGCUGGGCUGCGACGCCGACGACGGCUUCAUCAUUCCCAAGCUGCUCCUGGCGGGCGGCAUGUCGGGAAUGGCGUCCUGGCUUUCCACCUAUCCCGUGGACGUCAUCAAGUCCCGCCUCCAGGCGGACGGAGUGGGCGGAGUCAACAGGUACGACGGCAUCGUGGACUGCGUCCGUCAGAGCUGGCGGCGGGAAGGAUGGAGGGUUUUCACUCGAGGGCUGACGUCGACUCUCUUGAGAGCGUUUCCCGUUAACGCCACCACGUUCGCCACCGUCACGCUCUUCCUCAUGUACAUGCGCGAGAACGACGGCGGCGCGAAGGACUGCGAAUCCCUGCAGCCCAACCUGCAACACAGCAGCCUGUGACUCAAAGAUCUAAAGACGUGAAUCUUCUUGAGAUGGAAACCACAGAUUUACUGCCCCAAUAAAUCUUCUGACUCGAGACUCUCUGCUGAUUCUGUCUAAUAAAGAGAGAAAAGGUCAGUGAACGCAAAGGUCAAUCAGGCUGAAGAAUGACCUUACAUUAUCUUUACCACUUUAUGUUUAAUGGAGCGUACCGCUGAAUUAAUGCGAUGAGUGAGUCUCCGUCAGGUUUGAGGAUUCCAAGAUCAGCAUCUGUAGAAAGGUCUGACGCUGAUGGCGGAUGAGAUUUGGACAAGAACUAUCACAGAUCAGCGGCUGAACUGUGACGCGUCUGCGACUUAUUUCCCACAGUUAAAAGUAAUGUAGUAAAAAUGGUUCCUUUAGGGGUGCAUCAGUGUGUGACCGGGACAGAACAGGUAAAGGGACAAAACUUCUUAUUUGUGCCUCAAAGGUGACUAUUAUGGAAGGCAUACGGCUUCAAGAUCAAAGGUUUGAUUCAUAGAGAAUGCAAGAGCUGUAAAGUGUAAAUGUGCACCUUGAAUGCAAUGUAAGUCACGUCUGACAAAUGCAUAUUUGUGACCCUGGAACACAAAACCAGUCAUAAGGGUCAAUUUUUAUACAUCAUCUGAACACUAGAUAAAAAAGGCCUCCAUUGCUGUGUGGUUUGUUAGGAUAGGACAAUAUUUGGUCAAAAAACAACGAUUUGAAAAUCUGGAAUCUGAUGGUGCAAAAAAAAAAUCAAAAUAUUGAAAAAAAUUGCCUUGAAAGUUGUCCAAAUGAAGUAAUAGGUUUUGAUAUAUCUACAGUAGGAUAUUUCCAAAAUAUCUUCAUGGAACAUGAUCUUUACUUAAUAUUCUAAUGAUUUUUGGCAUAAAAGAAAAAUCAGUCAUUUUGACCCAUUGUUGGCUAUUGCUACAAAUAUACCCGUGACACUUAACACUGGUUUUGUGCUCCAGGGUCACAAAUUAGUUCUUUAGAGUAGCAAUGUGUGCUCUUAAAGUACUAGUAUGCACUUUAUAGGGCUAAAUAAGAUAUAGUGUUUUCCUUUUAACGGUUCUGCAUCAGUAACAAGCUGUUGCAAUCCUAAAGGAACAAUUUUUGCACAUUUUUUCCAAGUGUGCAUGUUAAUCUUGUUUUUUUUUUUUUUUUUUUUUUUUUAACACAGGUACAACAUUUUUUCAAGUUUUCAUUUAAGGGGAGACACUGCAGGCAAAAACACUUUUUUCAUGCACCUGUCAAGUUUGAGAUUUUGGGCUUUUGGUUUUUCAUAAAGUGUUUUUUCAGACUAGUGGAAAGAAAACAUCCAAACGUUUCUUUUAUAGCACUUUAUCUAUUUGUGUCAAUAGAUUUCAAAUACAAUACAUAUUUAUAGGCUUUUCCAACUCAGCAGCACUUACACACACCAAACUUUACAUUUUUUAAUUCCUUUCUAUAUCCUGAAGGUUUUUACAGAGGGAUUUGUUCAUAUAUAACUUGCUUGAUUAUAUACUUCUUUUACUCUGUUUGUUCUAAGUGUUUUCUGAAUUAUUAAAUGACAUGAAUUCCCUCUGUAAAGACAUUUGACUCUAAUAUGUAAAAACCUCUUCAUCCAGUGUUCAGAUUUUGAACUGGAAACUUAUGCAAAUUAGAAAACAUUUUAGAAAACUUGCAAUACAAAAAUGUUUGAAAUUAUCAAUGUAAUCAAUCAACUGGGUAAGGCAAUCACUAUUGGUUAAUUUUUUAACCCUCUUCACCUGCAGUGUCUCACCUUAAGCCUAAAAGUAAACCUUGAAUGCAAAGAUGAUGUACAAAGUUGAUUUCAUGAUCUCAGCCACGAACACAGAGACUCUCAGACCGCAAGAUGAUUGCUCAAGAAACAGUCACGUGGUCCUACAUGUUUACAAACAGAUGCAUUUUCUAAUUGUCAUUUAAUCUUUCCAUGCACCUUUAAAAUGUGACUAGUUCCUGACAUGAUUGUAAGUGACAUAUUCCUGUAUAUGUGAUAUAUUUGUGUUUGUUUUCCAGUAUUAUUAUGAAUGUAAAUAGUAUGAGGGGUUCAGCUGAUGACGCUCAAGGGAACAUGCCACAGAUCAACAGAUACACACCACCUUCUCUUCAACAUUCAGUAAAUAUGGAAACACAUUCAGGAACAGUUGUGUCUCACAGAAUAUGGGGAAUGCAGCCACUAACACUCACAAAUGAAUGUGAAAACAGCAGGUGACUCCUGAGUCUCAGCAUGAUCAGAUCGGUUACACAGAAACACUGGCAAUCACACACUAAAUGACUUCAGGCUAGAAUACACUACACAACGCUUUCCAUGUUAAAUGCCAAAAUCAGGAGUCAGUCUGCAGAUUUUGUGCAGUUACAAAAGAGAUAUUUCAUAGAAAACCGCAUAGUUUAUGAUGGACACAGACACUUAUUCUGAGCCGAUUUUACACACAUUGUGUUCCUCUAUCAUGUCAUUGCUGUUUUAACAAGGACCGCAUGCGUGUGAGUGUGUUGCGUUCAGAUCAAACUGAAAGUCUGGUAUUUUGCGAUGACAGUUUUCCUCACUAUCUGAAGGGUUUUUAACAGAGGUUUCAUGAACUUGAAUAUUUAAAUGAAUAUUUAAAAACAUUUUUAAAAAUUUGAUCUUUUACAUGGUACUGUUCAUACUAUGUGUCUGUGCAGCUUUAGAGAUGAGUUCAGUCGAAUGCUGUUGGCCUUUUUUAAUACAAUAAUCAACUGCACUAAGCAUCAAAAACUAUGAUAUUUGACAUAAAAUCAACUCUGAAUACCAAACGCAUUUAAUAUCCUCCAACUGGAAGGAAUCUUAAUCUGAGAGUAAAAAACUAAGUCCGUGUCCAUCAUGCACUGCACAACUUUCUUUGAAAUCUGUGAACGCCAACGCCAACAAGUGAUGUAGUGUAUUCCAGCCUAGAGACAAAAGCAAAACCUCAAAGGAUGAGAACAAACACAACAAACCAAUUUACACCCAUCAUCAGCUGAGGCUUUUUGACGGAGAGGAAGAUGACAGAGGAACAGAGGUGUGAUGGAGGCUCAGUGGAGGAGAGCGGCCUCUAGUGGAUCAAAACCAGAAACACACCUGAUGAACUCAAACACACUGAAGGAGGAGAGAGAUGGGGGAUUAUUAAAACACAGAGCAUUUUUAUUUCUCUAAAUGGUCUCUGCUCACACAGAAACUGUUUGACCUGUAAACAUAAAUACUUCACGACAGAAUUGCCGUAACGGCAACAUUCAUAAUCUGAUGCGCAGAACUUUCCUAAACGGAAAACAUUGACAUCACUUAAAGGGAUGAUAUAAUCCUGAUUAUUCAUAAAAUUAAAUCCACAUUUCAUAAAGCGUUAAAGUGCUGAGUGUAAGUUAGAGUUGGUUUGUCAUGAGCGCUGAUUCGCAGCUGUAGCGCAGGCAGCGGUAAACGUCCUCGGCUCUGGAGCGACUCACGCGCGCAGACGCCUGCAGCUCCUCCACCGAACUGAAACACAACAGAAACGCGUCAGUCACGUUAAUAAAGCGCAUCUGCGCUUAACGAGCGUCAGGAGCGAAUCGACGCACCUGUUGAUCAUGUGACUGACGGAGCUGAAGCUGUGGCACAUGUUCAGCGCGCUGACGUAGCUCACGUGCGGCAGCGUCAGGUAGAACUGGAGAGCCUGCUGCCGGUGACCUUUGACCUCUAGGGGCACGCCGAUCGCCUGACCUUUCCUCCGCUCCACCUGUGCGAGUUCAGACAGUAUGGCGGCCGUGUCGUCUGGACCUUUGCUGACCAGCAGCCGAACGCCCGCCUUCACCAGCGCCGCCAGCGUCCCGUCGUAAUAGCGGCUGCGCUGAAACAGCCUCACCGUCUCACCUGAGAACAGACCGAUAUUUCUUACAUAUUUGUUUAGAGCUGGUUAGCUUGCAAACGGUGCUUGAUCUGUGCAGAUUUUUCUCCUGAUUCAGACCAGACCACUUUUUCACGGGAGGAAGCGUUAUUUAUUAAAAAUGCAUGGGUUCAAUUUCUAUAAAAAGGUAAAUAACAUGCAUUAGAGAAUAAAUAUUACAUUGAUUUCA